CAGUGAAAUCGGUCGAAUUGUGCACAUCACUAGCAAUAUUUUAAAUAGAUGCAAAGAUUUCGUUGCACAUUUUGUCAGUCGAAUAAUAAGCUCCGAGUAUCCAGGUGGUUACCUGAACAACAGCAAUAAAAAUUACGGCCAAUGAAUGAAAUUAAUGCUGCACCAUCAACGUCAUUGGGAAUCGUGGGUGGGAAUCGCAAUUUUCUCAAUGGGCAGCAAACGGUGGAAUUUGUUGCACAAACAAUUCCUGCAGUUGCAUCACAGCGAAAACUGAAACGCAAAUUGAAUGCAGAAGAUGAAUCCCCCGCCAAUGGGGAAAUGCCCAAUUUGGUCAUAUUUCAAGGACGCGAUGAAAGCUAUCCCGAUGAGCUGAACAAACUGAUACUGCCCCUGUCGUGUGAAUUGUGCAGGACACAGAUGACCUCGAUGAAAAGUGCCAAGGAUCAUUAUGAGUCCAAGUCGCACGAUCGUCAUAUAAGCGCCUGGUUGGCCAAAAACUACACCGAUGUUGGCCUACAGACGCCGCCAAUCAAACGGCUAUUAAAACAGGGUCCAACUGGACCAAAUGCAUUCCACUGUGAUGUUUGCGAUUUGGCAUUGACAUCCUCGACUCAUGCUCGACAGCAUUAUAAUGGACGCAAGCAUCUGUUGGUCGUACAGAAGGGAUUAAAGCCAUCCGGAGCGGGGUAUUAUGAUGCGGCUGGCAAGUGGGUGAGAACUGGCACCAAGGCGGAGCCAACUGUUGUCGACGACGGACGCUUUGGCAUUGGCGGGCUGUUCCUCAAGCCAAUAACAACAACAACAAGUGGCAGCAGGCCGAUGGCCAUCGAGGUGCUGGGCAGCAAUGGCCAACAGUCGGAGGCAGCUGCGGUAGGAGCAGGAGAAGUCACAUUCUCCGCAUCCUUAGCUGCUGUCGAUGAUAGUCUCAGCUGCAAAAUCUGCGGAAUUAGCGUCACAUCCGCAUCGCAGAUCAAAAUGCAUUUGGAUGGCAUCAAGCAUCAGAAGAAUCUACUUAAGCAUAACAUCCAUGAGGAUGACGCCACCAAUUCCAUUCCAAUUCCAACUUCCACUCCCACUUCCACUCCAACUCAAACUCCAAAUGUGGAGUCAGCAAUGUCGGUGGACAAUAAUGCUGAUUACGUUAUGUAUCGCACUCCAUCGGGAUCGUAUUACUGCAAGUUGUGCAACAAGGCCAUGAAUCACAUAUCCAUCUUGCAACAGCAUCUGCAGGGCAAGAAGCAUCAGAAGAUUCUACGAAUGCAGAACGAAAGCAAAGCAACAAACUUUCAGAAAAAUUAAAUUAACUUAGACUACUAUAUAAUUAACUAUUAAUAUACAAUUAGCUACUAUUUAAAUGUGCUGACAUUAACCAAAAAUGUAUGUAGUUACUGUCUCCAAUACAAAUUCAAUUGGGAAGAAGUUCCAAAAAGAAGUAUUAUGUUAUUGUUUAUCAGGCGUUUCCUAAUAUUCUAUAAACUGUCGAUGUUCCUCUUUCUAAAUUAGAUUUUAAAUUAAUUUACUGUA